GCUCUUCAACUUGAAAUAGGCGCUAAAAGUACCAAAAUACGUGACUAGGGGCUUUGCAUUUCAUUCCCAUCUUCUACCGCAAGAAAUCCCAAAGAGAGAGGAAUGAAGACGAGAGGGUCUCGCAAAUCGACAGAGCCGAUGGCGUCUCCUUUUUCUCCGAAGGAGUCUCCGACAGCUGGCGUACUUGACAAUCGCUCAUUGUUUAUGAACGGCAUCAGUAGCAACAAGAAACGCACCUCCGAUCCGUCUACAAUGUCUCCUUCUCGCAAAACCCUAACCUCUGUCUCCGAUCUCAAGGAUCUUCUGUCUUCGCGCCUUGACGAUCUGAGGAGAAAUCUUAUCGAUCGGUCGCACACAGAGAUUCUCAAGGACGUGGAAGCCUCCGACUCUCGCCUCCACAAACGCCUGAAGAUACAGAUAAAAGCAUCCCAGCAAGUGAUGGAUGAAACCGAGAAAGAAUAUAAGAAGAUCAAUGAGCGGAUCAGUGAAACUCAGGAAGCAAUAAAGGUUUCAUAUGCAGAGUUCAUGUCAGAGGCACAGAUCGCUGCAUCUCGUGUGUGCAAAACAUCCAUCACUGAGCUUUCAAAAUCUUUUGAGAGGGAAAUUGAUGGUCUCAGGAAGCGUUUUGGAACUUCUGCAACUUAGAGAUAUCUCGAUCGAGCUACUAACAAAGAAAAAUUCCCUAGAAGCCAGUCAUGUAUAGUAUAUUCCACAAAUAGUAAUUUGCAUGCUGUCACUACUUUACAUGUAUUACGGCGUGCUUGGUUGUCCUGAACGAAUGUGCGCUUUUCUUUCAUGUUGCCUUAUUUUGUACAAAAAUGAUCAGGUCUUAGCCUCAAAGGCUAAGUUCCCCCACCCCAUCUGCCUAAGAAAAAAAAAGAUAAUUGUAGGAAAAUCAGAACCCCAUCAUCAUAAUUAGAAAUGCUCCAAUGGAUGGACGGAUUAUAAAACGAGUACAUAGACAUUUAUUUCUUACAUUGAAAGGACCUUAGGCCAAGCCGAAAAGUAGUAGUCGGUCGUAGUUGGGUGCAUCUUCUGUAGACUAAAAUAAACAGGAAUAGGCUAAAGUACCAAACAAAAUCUAUUGGGCUUCAAGGCCUUCUGAGUUUUAACUAAUAACUAUGAAGUUCUAGUACCAUAGGCCUCAAUAUACAGCGAGAGUAAAGGCCUAUUCAAAUGGGUCUUGGGCUCAAAUUUACUAGGGUAAGUAACCGAACAAAGAAAUCAUAAUCCCAACAAUUGAGCCCAAUUUUUAUAUUGGGCCUCACUAAAAAGCCCAAUAUUUAGCAAGACCAAAAAAUCAUAGGCCCAAAUUAAUGGAUAUAGUGGCCCAUACAAGGGCCCAAAUAGAUCAAGGCCCAAUAAUAAACCCAGACUUUUCUGGGCCUAAAAUAGGGCCCAAAAACAUAGGCCCAAUAUUAGAGCCCAAUUACUCAAGCCCAAACAGAUCGAAGGCCCAAUUGUAAAGCCCAAUUUUUUGUGCCUAAAAUAGGGCCCAAAAACAUAGGCCCAAUAUUAGAGCCCAAUUACUCAAGCCCAAACAGAUCGAAGGCCCAAUCUUAAGCCCAAUAGUAAAGCCCAAUUUUUUGCUGGGCGCAAAUUAGUGGAUAUGUGGCCAAACAGAGGCCCAAACAAAUCUAGGGCCCAUCAAUAAAGCCCAACUUUCUGGGCGUAAGCCAAGUCGCCAACAUACAUCUAGAAGAAAGCCCAAUUAACAGCCGGUGUAUAACCCAAUUUAAAUGAGCCUUGGGCCACUUUCGCCCAACGUCUGCCGGCCAAUAGCCAGUUUGGUUGCCUAUCGCCCAAUGUGCGCCGGCGUGCCAAUUGUCUAGCU